ACCUAGGAAGUGCAACACAUUUCCAUGGAAUAGGACAAAUAGAACAAGUGUAGUACCAGAAAUGUGUGCUUUAACAUGUGCUUCUUUCAAAACUGCACAUUGGAGUAGUUAAGGCAACGUUUAUUGUUUUUUUUUUUUUUUUUUACUUUAUGAAACAAACAACAAAUUAUUUGAUAGUCUGAUAACAGACAAGAUUGUAUGACUAUGACACAUCUACCACGUUGUUACCACCCCCGAGGUAUCUGUAGUUCUGUUUCUCACACAGGGAUUCACACUUCAGACCUGCACUCGACUCGUAUGUUGUUUCCAGACCGUCCUUUCAAAUUAAAGAUUUCAGCUCAAGUGUCACUUUGCAAUUUCCCCUGUACUGAACGGUAGCGCAGUUUCAAAGGAUCUUGAUUCUUAACCAGAUUCCAGUCCAGCAUCAAAAAAUGAAUUUCUCCUCUUCUACCACCCCCUUCCUCUCCCUCCACCCUCCACCUCCUUCCUCCUCCCCUGGCCUCUCUCAAAUCCUGAGCACUGUCUGCCUGACCUUGGCAUUUAUUCUGGGUUUCCCAGGGAACUUGUUUGUGAUGUGGACAGUGUUGUGUCGUGUGGAUCGGCGCUCCGUCACCUGCCUGCUGGUCUUGAAUCUGGCAACAGCGGACGCCCUGGUUCUGCUCAGCACUCCCUUCUUCAUGCGUUAUGUCAUAGGGGGCCAAGGAUGGGAGUUUGGGUCAGCAUUCUGCAAGCUGGUUCAUUACCUCUGCGGUAUCAACAUGUACGCCUCCAUCUUCCUCAUCACCGCCAUGAGCCUUGACCGCUUCCUUGCCGUGUCCCGCCCCUUCCUGUCCCAGCAGCUGCGUACCAAGAAGGCCCUGCUUAAAACUCUGCUGGUCAUCUGGAGCCUGGCUUUCCUCUUCGCGAUUCCCAUGCCCAUCUAUCGCAGGAACAUGACGACAAAUAUAUAUAUUAGCGUUUCUUCAGAUGGAGUAUUGUUUUACUGCAUACCGUGCCACAGUGAUCCAAAGCACUUGGUUUUCCAGUUCCUGUUGGAGACCAUCGCUGGGUUCCUGAUUCCCUUUUCCAUUAUCCUCUUCUGCUCUUUAUACUUUUGCUGGAAAUUGAGAAGCGUGUUUGAGAACAAAAGCAAAAGCAGACAAAUUAUUCUCUCCAUUGUGGUGGCUUUCUUUGUCUUCUGGAUGCCCUACCACAUUGUGAACCUCAUCCAGGUUUCGGGUACUUUAGCUGUGGAAGAAUCACUCAGCAAGGCCCUCCUGGAUGUUGUGGUCACUAUCAAACCCACCGUGACAGCCUUCACCUUCUGUAGCAACAGCAUCAACCCCGUUCUCUACGUCUUUGCCGGGAGCUCUUACAUCCAGAGCGAUGGAAUCAAUUUCAUGGCUGUCAUGUUGGAGAAAACCAAUUCUGAAAUGCCGGGAUCAAGGAGUUUUCCGCAAUCAAGUAGAGCAAGAUGGAUUGAAUCCUUAGGCUCAGGAGAUUCGCCAGAGAAUAAAACACUUCAUGUCAAGUAGAGCCUAAUUGGAGCCUAGAAUUUCACAGUACUAAUACCUAAUAGGAGACGAACUGGAGGCUCUACAAAUAGAAACUCACACCUUGGUUAUAAUAUAUGUAAUAUAUGCAAUUACAAUGCUACCUGUAAAAUAAUUAUUUCUGGUAUCAACUCCAACUGGAAUCUCUACUGGCAGAAUUGAAAUGUAUGAAAAGUAUAAAUACAGUUCUUUUUUGGUAAUUCUUUUUUUUUUUAUAGGAUCAGUUAAAAUGAUUUGAAGAAAUCUAUGGCAAGUAUUGGGGGGUAUGCAGAUUUUCUGACUAAUUCCUUUUACAGUGUUGGUUUGCAGAAUAUCACAGAGUGUGCUGAGGGUGUGGAAUGGGUUAUCUAGCCAUGGUUUUAAUGCUGAGUUCAUGGGAUCCUUUAAUUUGUGUGCCAUUAGCACUUUUAUUGUAAUUCUUGAGAUCUAUUAACCACUUCUGUGCUGCCUAACGUAACUUUUACGUCCUCAAAGACGUCUGCUCAGUGCUGCCUAAUGUAAGAGUUAUGUCCUAAUUAAAAAACAUGUUUUAAAAAAAAACAAAGCUGGAUUGCCGUUUUUCCAUUUAGGAUCGAUCAUCUAGAAGCUUUUACAGACAUGUGGUGUGUGGUUCUAAUUUCCUAAUGUUAGUGAUAAAAUACCUUCAUGUGACACAGCCUGCUUGAAUGCUAGCGCUGGCCAGCGUUAGGAUGCGUCCAGAGCAAAUUUAAAAACCAAUCUGUGUGUAACGUUUGUUUCUCUCCAAUGAAACAAAGUUUUCCUUUGAUUAGGAGCUGUGUUACCAGUUUGUGUUUCGUGGAAUUAACACCUGCAUUUCUCAGAAAGAGCUUCCUACAAAAGGUUGUCAUGCUGACAUUAUUGAAAUGCCUCACAUGUGUGGGGAGGCACUUGAAAUAUGUGGCCAAAGGUGGCUCUUUGAUAAUUUAUUUGAAGUCUUCCCAUUGAUGAUGGUAAUGGGAAUGUAGAGAUGGGAGCCCAGCUAACAAGAGCCCAGCUAACAAGAUUUCAGUUUUUGCAGGUACCAGGCUUUUAGUGUCUUUGACAGACUCACUGAGAGCAGAAACUGACCCAAGACUGUGACAGCUACAGGAAGCAGGCUGAUCUCUGGGAUGCAAACUGAACAUUUGUGAAACUGCAUGUGUGUUAAAAUGUUGUAAUAACUAUACUGUGUUUUAAAGAAUAUAAA